AGGCAGCAUUAACAAAACCUCGCGAUACCGCACUCCUCUGAUGCGACUUCGUUUUGCCUUAGCAGGUUCAGCUAGCUAGCUAACCACGCAUUAGAAAAACUCAAGAGGCAACAUUUGAAGAAUGUCUCUACUUCAUUGUGUUUCAACAGAAAUAAGACAUUCUCCAGAGAAGAGGAGUUCCCCUUCACUUUGUCCAAGUUUACUCUUUGCACAAGAUAUUAACUGACAUUGACAUCCCCUAUCCUUAAAAUAUAGAUACUGUUUAGCAGCCUGGCUCAUUCUUUAUCUUGACUUGCCUGUACUGAGACGUUUUGAGGUCCUCUUUGUGGCGUCAUGUCUCAGAAGUCGCAGUCUGAUGGAAAUCAGAAACACUUUGCGGUGGGUCGGGGACUCCUGGCUGCUGCAGAGACCUUGAACUUCACCAUGAAUGAACAGCGAUCCAGCCGGCAGAUGGGGGGUGUGUCCUCAGGUGUGGGGGUGGUAGGUGGUGGCAUGGAGGGCCAGGACACCAGCUCCCAGAUGUCCCGACAUGGUGGCAGCAGCCAUCUUGGCAGCACCAUGAAGCUGUUUGCCAGUUUGGGGCUGUCGCCCUCUGACCUGGACGCUUUAGCUGAAAUCCCUGAAGAGGACAUCAGCGUGGAGACGCUGCCACACAUCCUCAUGCAGCUAAAGAGCCGCAAAGGAGACACAGGAGAGCGGCGGGUGGCGUCCUCCAUAUCCUCUGAAGCUGCAUAUCGAGGAGGAAGGGACAGCUGGGAUGACAUGCAUGUCGGGAGGAUGGGUGGCCCUUCUAUGGGUCAGGGUUCAGCCCGGGCCCAGUCCUCUGCAGACUUCGAGUUCAGUUCCCUGCAAGACAUCACUCCCAGCCGGGGAUAUAAUUUAAAUUACAGCAGCAACAGCAGCGGUGGUGGUGGGGGUGGGGGCAGAGACAGGCCGUACUCUGAACUUUCCCGCCAUGACUCCUACAGUGGGCUUGGUAUGGGCCCCCCAGUGUCCGACCCAGUCUUUAUGCAGAGGAGGAUGGGCUCCCCGUCAAAUGGAAAAGUCCAAGACUUCUUGGGAGUCAUGCCCACCAUGUUCCCCCAUGUGUGCUCUCUUUGUGACUUUGAUGUUCAUUCCACCAUGGAGUGGAACCAACACAUUAAUGGACUUCAGCAUGCUGAAAACAGACGGAUGCUGCUCAACAUGUAUCCAGAGUGGAACCCUGGUAUGUCCUCAGGCAGAGGUGGGAGUCUUGUGGACGCCCCUAGCCUGUCUGUUGGGCUUCUUGGACCUUCCUCCAUGUCUUCAGUCCAGACAGGAGGAGGGAUGUCCUCCAGCUGGGGGGGAGUUGGAGGUCCUGAUCUGUUGGGAAAGAACCAGCAGGGGCAAAACAAGCUGAGAAGCCGAGUGGUGGUGGUGAAGUAUGAUAGGAAGCCUCUCAGCAAUAAGACUCUGUUCGCCUUCACGGAGCCAUUUGGCUGCCUGAGGGAGCACCUGGUCCUCAAGAACAAGGCCUUCUUAGAAAUGAGCAGUCAUGAGGAGGCUCUGGACAUGGUCAACUACUAUGAGCAGCACCCAGCAACUCUGUAUGGCAAACCCAUCACCUUCUACCUGUCCAAGAGGCUGCUGGUCAUUGAGAAAGGUGAGCGGUCGGCGGACAGGUUGAUGGAAAGGUCGAUGGACAGACCUGUCAGGGAGGUCAAAGGUCAUGGCAGCCAUGUGGUUUUCUUCUCCAACCUGCCCAGAGAGGAAGAGAAGAAGAAGGAGCUGCUCACUAUCGCUGGGCGCUUUGGCACUGUGGAGAAACACCUGUUCUUAACUGACCAGGCGUUUGUCCAGUUGGGGACUCCGGAGGAUGCAGAGAUGCUGGUGAAGUAUUACAGCGUUAACCCGCUCGUCAUCAAAGGAAGACUGAUCCGCCUCAACAUCUGCACCAAGUACAAGACCCUCAAUGUGAACCGGAGACAGGGUGGGUCUACUGGAGACAAUCGAAGCCAGAGGAGCCGCAUCAUGAACACCACCUCCACCCCCUCCGCCAUCUCCCGGAUGUCGUCCAGCUGCCUCAGGAACUCCUCGUCCAGCUCAAAGGCCAGAGAAGAGAAGAGUGAGGAGGUGAAGAAACUGAAGCCUGAGGAGAAACCUGCAGCAGACGAUGAGGAGGUGUCAGGAGUGAUGGCGGGGGAGGACGCGGGGGAGGAGGAGCAGCUAUCUGACAGAGGUGCAGAGGGGGAGGAGCCAGAGCGUGCAGACUCUGUGAAGGAAACAGUGGAAGAGUCUCAGGAUGUUCAACAGGGGGAGGUUCCUGAUGGCAGUGAUGACACUGAUGACACGCCAGGAGGUGUGGGUAGGGCUGAGGCCAAGCAGGGGGAGUCAGGGGGACAAAAAGAAGGAAGAGAGACUGAAGAACAGGAGGACAAAGAAGAAGCAAGCGCAGGGCCUGGAGAGAGCUGUGAGGCGGUGGAGGGAGAUGCUGACAUGUUUGAGCCUGACUUCCUGGAGAACAUGGAGGACUUUGUGACCCUGGAUGAGCUGGCAGAGGACGAGGACGAAGAAGACAGACAGACUGACACCAUAGACAACACAAAGAAAGGGGGUAUGAGGGUGGUCAACAUCUUUGGUUUCAGGCGAGGUCACAACUUCCUCAAAGAGCUGCUGGCACUCGCCGAACCUUUUGGGAAGGUGGUAAAACAUCUGGUGCUGGAUUUAAGACCUGAGGCGUACUUUCAGUUUGAGACCGAAGAAGAAGCUCGAGCGAUGGCCAAGUUUUACAGUGCUAACGUCACAGCAUCUGUGUGCGGCCGCCCUGUGAGGGUCAGCCACUCCCUUAGUUACCCCACCAUCCAGUGUGGCUCCAGUAAGGUGGUGUACAUCGGCGGGAUCCCCACCAGUAAAUACUCAGAUGAAGACAUCCUGAAACUGGCUGAGCCGUUCGGGACAGUCAGGAAGUAUUUCACCAACAGGAUCAAGAGAGAGUGUUUCAUUGAGAUGGAGAAAGCUGAGGAUGCAGAGAAAAUGGCUGAACACUGCAAAGCCAAUCCUCCAAAGUUCAAUGGGAAACGUCUAACCAUUUACGUCAGCAGGAAGUACAGACAGCUCAAACACGGACAUCGAUGUCCGAGCAUGAGCAAGAGAGAAAAUAGCAGCACGUUACCAAAAUCCCCCAAACACCCCGAUGAACCUCCAGCCAAGAAACCCAAGGAAGAGACGAGACUGGAGGAGGACGAGGGGGAAACGGACAAGAAACUAAAGGAGGAAGAAGAGAAAACAGAGUUGAAAGAGGAAGAGAUACAGAGUCCUGAGGUGAGCAACGCUGAUGAAAAGAGAGAAAACCCAGCAGAGAAGAUUCCUGAAGUUUCCAGUCAGGACCAGAUGAGCGGCCAGGAGGAGGUGAAACAGGAGGAGCAGGUAGAGGAGAUGGGGACUUCGACCAGUCAGAACGGACAGAUGGAGACUCCACCGUCGGCUGAAAACAAACCCAGUGUGGCGUCUCUGCCGCUGCCCCCCCAUGACCCCAACAACCCGAUCGGUGUUGAACAUGUGAAGAUGGGUUAUUACUGCCGUGUCUGCUUCCUGUUUUACUCCAAUGAAGAGACGGCUAAGAAGACACACUGCAGCAGCAAGGCGCACUACGACAAGCUGCAGAAAUAUCUGGAAAAGGAACAGACCAAAGCAGAGAAGAAGAAAGGGAAGAAGAUGACAGCGUGAAAACUGGUGAUUUCAUCACCCCAUAGGAGUUUUACUUUACUUUAGUUAACUGUUUUUGUCAAACACCGACGACACAGUGACAAGUUGAGGGUUUUAGUCUCUGCCGCUUGUCAAGUGGGAAAACAAGAGUCUUUGAACUAUGUUAGAGCUGAAAAAUGAAUUGCAAAAUUAAACAGGCUUUCGUCUCAAUCUCACACUCACGUUUCUGUGUCCACAUAGAAGCGGUUGAUAUAUUGGUUGUUUGAGGUUAUUACUGCUACACACACCAAUAAAAUGAAAGGGCUCUGUUGUCUUUAAAAUAUUAAGACUAAAGGAAACCAAUGAAUAUUUGGCAUUUAACCUUUAAAAAAAGUUCUUAAAUGUUUAAUAGCAAAAUGAUCAACAGAUUGCUAUAAAAAAAACAAAAUAAUUCAUUCAUCUUGCAGUCAUGUUGGGCAGACGGACACGUGAGUGUUGGAUUACAGGAAUAGUUCAACAUUUUGGUCUUAUGCUACUCCGAUUAGCACCUAGCUUAACAUAAAGACUGGAAAGGCAGGGAAACAGCUUGUUGAUCAGAUCGCUGAACACUAAACACUAAACUGUCAAACUAUUUCUGUAAGGCUCUUUUCAUUUUAAUCGAGAACAAACUGUUUUAUGCCUGAAUGUUUCUGUUGACAAUGUUUUACAAAAUAAACCAGUUACCUCAAAUACAAA